AAAAUAUUUCGAAAUAUUUAAAAACAUGCCAAACUAUGCCUCUCAAGCUUACUAAGCCGGCUUGAAAAGUACUAUUAUUUUAUCCAGGAAGGUAUCAUUCGCACCUUCACAUCCCAAGAUCACAUCUUAAUAAAAACGAAAAAGAAAUCAAGAAAAAAGGAAGCUAGCUAAAAAAUGCACCAGAGCCGGCGAACCUAUGUACCGCGAAAGGGAAAACCUUGCCAUCUGUAUUACACUACUGAGCGCCAAUGGGAGCCAGACUAUCUAAAGGGAAGAUGUUUGGAGCUGGGCUUAGAGGAGCAAUUUCUCCGGUACCAGAUUCGAUUGAUGGUCAGCUACCUGGGUGUUUUCUUCGCGCUGCACAUCGGUUUGUCCGUGGCCCACAUCCUCGUGGCGAUAUAUCUUACAAAUAGCCAAACUCAUGUUCUUGUGGACGUGCUCUUUUGUUCCAUUUCCACAACUAUUUUACUUUUAGUUUUGAGUAUUAAUUUCUUCGUGGGUUUUGUGACGAGACACCAUUGGAUUAUGCCUUUGAGCUCAACCUUGGCCACAGUUGUUGCUGUCGUUUCAGACAUUGGACUGGUUGUUUAUUCAGAAGCUGUAAAUAAGUGGGAAUUGGAUAUUCUCCAUUAUACCUACUACCUGUGCAUGGUCUACAUGUUUCUGCCGAUAACCUCGCAUACGGUGGCACUCAUACUAGGCACGGCGGUCAGCAUAACCUAUAUAGGCUACUACGUUUUCUGCCUGCCCUUUACCGAUCCCGGGCAGAACAUUUUGAAUUAUUCUUAUGUAAUGGUGGACUUUCUCCAUUACAUCUGCUUUAAUGUAAUGGGAAUAUACUUCCGCAUGAUGAAUGACAUGCUUACGCGUUCCUCCUUCUUGGACCGUCACCAGUAUGUUAUGGAGGAAAUCUGGCUUCGGAACGCCCGUCCUCAGGAGUCGCGGCUGCUGAACGCCAUUCUGCCUCCCCACAUAGCAAAGAACAUUCAAGUCAGCAUCAGAGAUAGAAUACAGCUGACCGAGAAAGGACUGAGCUACGACCGCCUUCGUGAGAGGUCUGCGAUAGGGAUGGCUAUUCAGGUUUAUCCCGAUGUUAGUAUCUUGUAUGCGGAUGUAGUCAACUACACGUACCUGACCACCACAUUGACGGUGGAAAGGUUGGUCCAGGUGCUGCAUGAUCUCUAUGCCAGAUUUGACGUUGCGGCCGCGCACUUCAACGUGCAGCGUAUCAAGUUCCUGGGUGAUUGUUACUACUGCGUGGCGGGUCUGAAGGCGCCAAAUCCCGACCACGCCCAGACUGCGGUGUCCUUGGGCAUUGCAAUGAUUGCCAACAUCAUGGAGGUGCGGGAAGAAUGGGAAUUGGAUAUUGAUAUGCGCAUAGGAGUCCAUUCGGGAGAUAUAAUUGCAGGUGUUAUUGGGGAGGCCAAGCUCCAGUUCGACAUUUGGGGUCCUGCUGUGGAAAUUGCCAGUCAUUUGGAGUCCACUGGCGAAUCGGGCUACGUACAUGUCAGUAAUGCCACAAUGCGAAAGCUGAAAUUUCAAGGAAUUAAAGUAAAAGCAGGAACGGCAAAAGCCCAACAAGAUCCACUGCUACAAAAGCACUCAAUGAAGACAUACCUACUUACUGGGAUCCCGCCAAGAGAAUCUGUCAGGCGCACCAUUGACUACGCUAGUCCCCAUGUAUUCGAUCCCAAUGCGUAUCACGAGCCCGUCCACUACAUGUCCUAUGUGGACCAUACGGCGGAACAAAUAGAGGAUGAGAUUCAAAAAAUUCCAAUCGUAGGCGUUGAACCCAUAUGUUGGAGGAGACGUAAAAAUAAAAAAGACCACAUGAAGGGGAAUAUUGGUAUGGUUUUCGCUGCCUUUAACGAUUCGCACCUGGAGGGAAACUAUCUACGUCGACCGGACUACAUUAUUAAGUACACAGUGUUGUUAGUUUGGAUUAUGGGCUGCUGCCUGAUUUACAUUCAACUUGCCACCAACGAAUCGAAUUGCAUACUAUGCAUUGUGAUUGACAUUAUUGUUUUUUUGUUUUUGACCGCUGUACUAGCCAUUUGUUGGUAUAAGAAAUUCUGCUAUUGGAAACACAAAGGCGAUGAGAACUAUCUUUAUUCCCGAUGCAGCUGCAUAAUCUUCGGGUUUUUUGAAAAGACCCAGCAGAGCCUAAGGAGGCGCAUUGUGCUCUACUUGCUGGUAGUACUUUCAUUAUUAAUGGUGACUUCCCUAAUAAUGCUGAAUUGCGAUUAUGAUCUAUUCAAAAUUAGCUUAAUAGAGGCAAGGCUGUACAGGUACCCCAUGGAUCCUGAAAUUUGCUUUCAACCUUGGACCUUCACCAACAUGAUGUCCUUGCUCAUUGGAAUGAGCUAUACGUUUGCCCGGAUCCCGUUUGCGAUGAAAAUGGGUAUUACUUUAUUGGAAGGAGGCUACUUUCUGGUGGUGGUAUUCCUUCAAUAUUUAUUUAUCUUCCAUCACAGUAAGACCAAUGUAGCGAAUUUGCCCUCGGAAAUAGCCCAUUGUAAGCGAAUCGCAGUGAUACUAAUAACUUUUUAUCUUAAGGAGCGUCGGGUCGAGUUCAACGCCAAGACCAACUUUAAAAUCAACAUGGAAAUGAAAAAAAAGCAGGACGCUGCUGACUUAACCAAUGCUUCGAUCAAAAUUCUACUCAAUAAUAUUCUUCCUGCUCAUGUCGUGGAAGUGUAUCUCACCAAUAUAGCCAAUCACGAACUCUAUUACGAAAAUUAUCAUAUGGUCUCAGUUAUGUUCGCUAUGUUAAUCAAUUUUCAAAUGGAUUUAAAGGGCCUCAGAAUAUUGAAUGAUGUUAUUACAGAGUUUGAUAGAUUGUUGAACGUUUACAAGGAAUACUACGUAGUUGAAAAGAUUAAAAUUGUUGGAGCAACUUAUAUGGCCGCCUGUGGAUUGGAUUACACCCAAGCAGCCAAAAUCGGAAGAAGCGCGAAAACCGCACUUCAUGAAGAAGCUGAACGAGCAUCCCGUUUCCGACAAUCGGUCAUGCUUUCUGGCAGCAUCGAAUGUAGCGAGAUCACCGAGCAGGAAGAGGUAGUCUUUGUGAUGGCCAGCUUUGCCUUGGACCUGAUGAGGACCCUUUUUAUGUGCAACCAGGCCUAUCAGAGGAAUCGCUUCGAAAGCGGAACCUGGACGAUGGGCGAGAUCUCCAUCGGAAUCUCCAGCGGCGAGCUGAUGGCCGGAGUAGUCGGUGCCUCCCAGCCCCAUUACGAUAUCUGGGGAAGCCCAGUGAAUAUGGCUUCCCGGAUGCAGUCGACUGGCUUAGCCGGUCACAUCCACCUAACGGAAGAAUCUGCCCGGAUUCUGAACGAAUAUGGCAUCAGCAGCACCUAUCGCGGAAUGACCUUCGUGAAGGGUGUUGGCGAAAUUCCUACAUACUUUUUGGACAUCGAUGAGAAACUUGAUUUUGUGCUCCUGGAGGAGGAUGAUGUGUUUGAACGUCAAUCGAGAAAGUCGUUACGGUCGGCCGUAAGCCAUCACAUACGUUAUAAUCCCGACGCAAAACGAUAGCUUCCAAUAUAUUUUAUAACUUUAUUUGUACAUGGUUAAAUAUAUUUUUAAGUAAUA